AUGGGCACAUACAGCCAUGACAACCAUGACACAAAAUGGGCACAUACAGCCAUGAAAACCAUGACACAAAAUGGGCACAUAACAACCAUGACAACCAUGACACAAAAUGGGCACAUAACAACCAUGACACAAAAUGGGCACAUAACAACCAUGACACAAAAUGGGCACAUAGCAGCCAUGACAACCAUGACACAAAAUGGGCACAUAGCAGCCAUGACAACCAUGACACAAAAUGGGCACAUAACAGCCAGGACAACCAUGACACAAAAUGGGCACAUAGCAGCCAUGACAACCAUGACACAAAAUGGGCACAUAACAACCAUGACAACCAUGACACAAAAUGGGCACAUAACAACCAUGACACAAAAUGGGCACAUAACAACCAUGACACAAAAUGGGGAACAAAGCAGCCAUGACAACCAUGACACAAAAUGGGCACAUAACAACCAUGACACAAAAUGGGCACAUAGCAGCCAUGACAACCAUGACACAAAAUGGGCACAUAACAACCAUGACAACCAUGACACAAAAUGGGCACAUAACAACCAUGACACAAAAUGGGCACAUAACAACCAUGACACAAAAUGGGCACAUAACAACCAUGACACAAGAUGGACACAUAACAGCCAGGACAACCAUGACACAAAAUGGGCACAUAACAACCAUGACACAAAAUGGGGAACAAAGCAGCCAUGA